UCUUUUUCUUUUUUUUUUCCGCCACCGCUCCGUUUUUUCCCCGUGCGCGACGCUCCUUCUCCCUGCGCCGUUCUUCUCUGUGCGUUCUCCUAUGCCGGCCGCCGCCCACUGCCCUUGCUCUUCCUCACCGGUGGUGGCCGGAGAGCCACCGGGAAUGAUGAGAUCCGCGCCUCCUCCACCCAUUCGCCAAUCCAUUCGGCUCCCGGACGCUGGCAGAGCUUCUCCGGUCCGAGGCCACCGAGGGACGGCUCGUGCGCGUGCUCGUUUACGACCCGCACUUGUCGUGGGCGCGGCGGGUGGCGAAGGCGGCCGGCGUCGCGACGGCAGUGUUCCUAUCGCAACCGUGCUCCAUGGACGUCGUCUACGGGGAGGUGUGGGUGGGGUGGCUACCGCUGCUGGUGACAGACGGGAGGGAGCUGUUCACGCUCGGUUUGCUAGGGGCCGAGCUCGAGCCUGACGACGUGCCGCCAUUCGCGACGAGGCUGGACUGGUGCCCGGUGUUCCUUAAGGCUUCCGUGCGGCAGUUCGAGGGGCUGGAGGACGCCGAUGCCGUGCUCGUCAACUCAUUCCAUGACAUGGAACCCAAGGAGGCAGAUUAUAUGGCACUAACAUGGCGCGCAAAGACAAUAGGCCCAACCUUGCCAUCAUUUUAUCUUGAUGAUGACCAUUUGCCAUUCAACAAGUGAUCUCAAUCUUUGCUAGUAGAACAAGAAAGCAUUUCUCUGCCAUCAUGAGCUGCCAUUUGCAAUUAUAAAAUGAGUUCCCUUUGUAUUUUCAUUGCUUGAAAAUUUCAGGCAGUAGUGCCAAAAUAAUCAUAUAGCAGGUACAGGAUAAGACUUGCUGUGACAAUUCUUGCAGCAUUUCAUAACCCAGCUACAGGCUACAGCCCCUGGUAUGCUGCUAGUGAAGCAGCCGGGCAUUAACACCAAGGGCAUUAGUGGACAAUCCAACUAAAACCUCUGUUUCUGGAUCUGGAGCUGUUGUCUCAGCCAAACACUUUUUCUCAGCUCCACAGUGAGAGUAUAGAUCCACGCUGGAGCUACUCUGUGGUGGAGCUGCUGUUUUUGAGGAUCUGAAGCUGCGUGGAGCUCUGCCAAACAGGCCCUAAAGUGAUUAUGGUUGUUACUUGUUACUGCUCAGGUGUCGUGUUUGUGUGCCACAUAGACAAUUUUCCUGCUGAUUAAUCUUAAAUGGCAUACUUAGCAAGUUUAGCCACCAUGGUACAAGUUUAAUGACCGCCCAAGAAUUAUACUUAUAAAAAUUUGCAGGGGGGCACAUGGAAAUGUUCCACAGAAAUGGGCCGGACUGAAUUCUCUCCUGGUGGUGGUGGAUCCAUGCUCAUGAUGGUCUGUCUGCUUCCCUCCCCCAAACCGCAUUCAAAGCAUCGACGAGCCGCGCCGCCCCUCCAUCCGCCGCAACGCAGGCGGCGAAGAGGAGGGGGACGAGACGACUCGUGCGCCGCGGCGAUCCACAACAAGGUGCUCCUUCUCUCUCCUGCUGCCGUUGCCGUCUCUGCAAUAGAGUACUGCAUUUGCAUGCCGUAGCUGUAGCUGCCCGCAUACAAGUAAUUCGAUCGAUCUGCAUUUUUCUUUAGAUUCCGUUUGGUAACCGCGCGUUACUUCACUCAAGGGUUUGGCAACAGUUUCGAUUAAAACAUCUUAAUUUGCUUCGAAUUGUACUCUUCCCAGUCUCUGCUUGAUUUGAGACCCUUUUUCCUUUUCUCCUAGUAUAGACAAUUUCACUUGAAUUCCCCUGCACAGGACGGCAUUAAUGUUGCUUACAAACCCAGAUUUCAGGGGAGUUCUGUAGUAUCAAGAUAUUUUUAUUCACUGAAGCUAUAAAGAAACGCAACAGCUAACUUGGUGGAUAAAAUGUCAACAACAAUCUUGACCAGAACUGCUACCAAUACUACUCUAUCAUUAGUACUAGUCAUUUGGACACUUGAAUUUUGAAGGCUGAUUGUAAGUUGUGUGCUUACAGUUGAUUAGGAUUGUUAAUCAGUUUUAAGUACUAGCAUCAUUAUUAUUCAUUAGAGACCUUUUUGUAACAAUUCUCAUUUCUCUAAACGAUUAAUCUAAUUUCUUGGUGAAGAGUGCUUACAUUGAUGUAAGUAUUUGGUGUUCCAUCAUACUGAAGUGUGAGGGCUGGAAGAGGGAAAGAGUUAGAAAUUGUAGGCAUCUUUGUUUGUUGCGUCAACUUGAUUGACUCAGCAGGAGGGAUAAGAAUCCCUUCUCUUGUUCCUUUAAGAAAAAAAUAUAGACUUGUAGAGUCAUGUUGGUGAAAACAUGUGUACUUCUUCAAUGCUUCAAAAGUCAGUGAAAGGUACUACAUUGAUGCUGACUGGUGCCAGGGUUUUGUGCAGACUGAUUUCAACAAAAUUAGGAGGAAGAGUAAAUAAAAACCAUAGUUUUAUUUAAGUAGAGCUGCCACCUUUUUCUCUCCAGGCUGUUAUAUAAUGGUAUGUGAGGUGCUCUAUGCUCACGCAACACAGAAAGGCACCUCUCUUACCUGUAGGCACUUACACUGCGUGCUAGACUUAGGAAACCAAGCUGAAUAAGGGUAUGAGCCAGACCAAGAACGCUGAGUCCAUGAGCGGCAGCGUUGAAGCCUCAGUUGAGUCAGCCACGAGCUCGUGUCUGUCCUCAGAUGCUGAUGAGGGAGUGGCAGCGCCGAUGGUGCUGGCUGGGUGCCCCCAGUGCCUCAUGUACGUGAUGCUCUCAAAGGAAGAAACGCAGCUCAAGUGUCCCAAGUGCAAGAGCCCGGUGCUGCUGCACUUCCACAAGGGUGGCAGCAAGAACAAGGGCUAACUUCCAACCUCUUUAAGCUCGCUUACAGAUUCAUGCACCCAAAGGCUCUGGUGUUUGUUUUUUAUAUAUUUUAUCAGUGUUUGUUAGUAGCAAAGUUUCACAAAUUUCCACAUGUAAGGUUUAGUGCGUAUUCCUUUUGAUCUCUGUACAUAUAAUUCAAAUAUGAACCUGGAACUUGGCAUA